GGGCGCCUAUCUCUAUGGGCCCCUAUCUCUAUGGGCGCCUAUCUCUAUGGGCGCCUAUGUCUAUGGGCGCCUAUCUCUAUGGGCGCCUAUCUCUAUGGGCGCCUAUCUCUAUGGGCGCCUAUCUCUUUGGGCGCCUAUCCCUAUGGGCGCCUAUCUCUAUGGGCGCCUAUCUCUAGGGGCGCCUAUCUCUAUGGGCGCCUAUCUCUAUGGGCGCCUAUCUCUAGGGGCGCCUAUCUCUAUGGGCGCCUAUCUCUAUGGGCGCCUAUCUCUAUGGGCGCCUAUCUCUAUGGGUGCCUAUCUCUAUGGGCGCCUAUCUCUAUGGGCGCCUAUCUCUAUGGGCGCCUAUCGCUAUGGGCGCCUGUCUCUAGGGGGGCACCUAUCUCUAGUGGCGCCUAUCUCUAGGGGCGCCUAUCUCUAUGGGCGCCUAUCUCUAGGGGCGCCUAUCUCUAUGGGCGCCUAUCUGUAUGGGUGCCUAUCUCUAUGGGCGCCUAUCUCUAUGGGCGCCUAUCUCUAUAGGCGCCUAUCUCUAUGGGCGCCUAUCUCUAUGGGCGCCUAUCUCUAUGGGCGCCUAUCUCUAUGGGCGCCUGUCUCUAGGGGUGCCUAUCUCUAUGGGCGCCUAUCUCUAGGGGCGCCUAUCUCUAGUGGCGCCUAUCUCUAG